AUGUCUUCCUCACCUUCACCUUCAACCAUCAAGGCCGUGCAGGCCGUGUCGCUCUUCACCAUAGCGGCAUCCAGCGGCGCCAAGCUUGGCCUUUCCAUCUUUGCGGUGCCCCGCCUUCUUGAAUCCCCGGGCCCACUGAUGCUCCAGCAAUGGGAUAGGAUGUUCGUGUCGGGCCGCGCCAUCCUGCCCGCCGCUGACGUGCUCUCGGCCCUGGGCUUCUCGUACCUGGCCUACUCGCGCGUCUUUGGCGAGCGGACCGCCAAGAUGUACGCCCUCGCCGCCGCCCUCUCGGUGGGCAUCGUCCCGUACACGAUUUUGGUCAUGUCGAGGACCAACAACAAGCUGCGUCGCCGCGCGGAGCUGACCAAGUCCAUGUCCAUCACGGACGAGACGUUGGAGUCGGCCGAGGUGCGCGAGAGUGACAAGUUCCUUGUCGACCACUGGGGUGUACUGAAUCUCGGCCGCACUGCCAUGUUGGCCGCCGCGGGUCUGAUUGGGCUGUAUGCGUCGCUUUGA